CCCCCGCAAAAUUAGCGCUCCUCGGGAAAAAUGCCGCAGUUGAACGGCGGUGGAGGGGACGAUCUGGGUGCGAACGAUGAAAUGAUUUCCUUCAAAGACGAAGGCGAGCAGGAGGAAAAGAUUUCGGAGAACUCCUCAGCAGAAAGGGAUUUAGCAGAUGUCAAGUCUUCUCUCGUAAACGAGUCGGAAACGAAUCAAAACAGCUCCUCGGAUUCCGAGGCGGAAAGACGGCCUCCGCCUAGAUCUGAAAGUUUCAGAGACAAAACAAGAGAAAGUUUAGAGGAGGCUGCGAAAAGGCAAGAUGGAGGGCUGUUCAAGAGCCCACCGUACCCGGGCUAUCCAUUUAUAAUGAUUCCCGACCUCACGAGCCCGUACCUCCCGAACGGAUCGCUCUCGCCGACCGCGCGCACAUAUCUACAGAUGAAAUGGCCCCUGCUAGAUGUUCAAGCAGGAAGUCUUCAGAGUAGACAAGCACUUAAAGAUGCCAGGUCACCUUCUCCAGCACACAUCGUUGUAUUUUGGGAGGAACGUUUGAGAUGCAAUACCAUUCAAAAGUUUGGGGGGCCCUUCUGCUUGGAAUUCCCCGGACAGACUGAUCUGAGUCUUCACCAAUUACAGUUGUCUAAUAAGGUCCCCGUGGUACAGCACCCUCACCAUGUGCACCCGCUCACACCUCUGAUCACCUACAGCAAUGAGCACUUCACGCCUGGGAACCCCCCUCCACAUCUACAGGCAGACGUGGACCCCAAAACAGGAAUCCCAAGGCCUCCACAUCCUUCAGAUAUAUCCCCCUACUACCCUCUGUCACCUGGCACUGUAGGCCAGAUUCCCCAUCCGCUAGGAUGGUUAGUACCACAGCAAGGUCAACCAGUUUACCCAAUCACGACGGGAGGUUUCAGACACCCCUACCCAACUGCCCUCACUGUCAAUGCAUCCAUGUCAAGUCUUUUCUCCUCCAGGUUCCCUCCUCACAUGGUGCCCCCCCACCACAGUUUGCACACCACAGGGAUCCCCCACCCAGCCAUCGUCACGCACAACGUCAAGCAGGAGUCCUCUCACAGUGACAUCGGCUCCCUCAACAGCUCGAAACAUCAGGAUGCGAAAAAAGAGGAGGAAAAGAAGAAGCAGCCACACAUAAAGAAACCUCUGAACGCGUUCAUGCUUUACAUGAAGGAAAUGAGAGCCAAAGUGGUGGCAGAGUGCACACUGAAAGAGAGCGCAGCUAUCAACCAGAUCCUAGGCCGAAGGUGGCAUGCUCUGACUCGAGAGGAGCAGGCCAAAUACUACGAGUUAGCCAGGAAAGAGCGACAGCUUCACAUGCAGCUGUACCCCGGCUGGUCAGCACGAGACAACUAUGCGGGUAACUAUCAGGGGAAAAAGAAGAAGAGAAAAAGGGAAAAGCAGGCAGGAGAGGGCAUUGAUCUGAGCGCCCCAAAGAAGUGUCGCGCACGCUUCGGGCUCGACCAGCAGAAUAACUGGUGUGGCCCAUGCAGGAGAAAAAAGAAGUGCAUUCGCUACAUUCAAGGUGAAGGCAGCUGUGCCAGUCCUCCUUCUUCGGACGGAAGCUUACUAGAGUCCCCCCCAUCCUCCCCCUCCAUGGUCUCUCCCUCCCCGUCCUCGAAAGAGUCCAAACCACAGACUGAACAAAUGCAACCUCUCUCACUGACUAUGAAACCGCCCCCCCUGCUCUCGUCGUCCCAACACCAACACCUCUCCAUGGCUCCACCCUUAGCUUUGUUGGACAACUCCGGGGCGGGCAAAACGUCCAGCUCGGCACACAACGGCUCCUUGGACCCCUCAGACGUGUCGUCGUCCCGACCCACAGGCUCCGCCUCCUCCAGGCCUACAUCGCCGUGUCAUUCCCACUCUCUGCUGCCCAGCUCCGCCACGACGCAACCCCUUUCGCUCGUAACCAAGUCGAUAGACUAGCUUCGUUGUUUUUUAAACCAGCUUUCUCUGUCUGUCUCUCCGUCUGUCACGCGUCUUGUCUUUUUUCAUUCUGUGUUCUGAUUCUCUUGUUUUUUCUGUGCGAUAUGGCUUUGAAAAUUUCGUUAAUUCUUUAUCAAAGUUCAUUGGUCAAUAUUUGACCUGUCAUUAUCUAAAAAAAAUGAAAUUAUUAUGAUUAAAUAUUGAUAAUUAAAUACACUUAAGUUGUAGAGUAUAGCUGUGAAUCUGCCAAAUUGUUUUAUAAAUUUUUUUGGGUUUGUUUUUGUUCAGUUGUUUUGCUUUUUUUCAGCUGUUCAACAGAAAAAUACAUAAUUGUUAUGUUGACAUGUUUAAAGACAGAUAUACAAAGUAGGUGAGGAUUCAGUGAGCCCUUUUCUCAAAGAAUUGGUUCUCCUUCAUUAUUUGUAUUAAAUACGAGCUUGUGAACCAAUCAUUUUACAGCUGUCCAAAACUCAGAGGGCACGAGGACUGUGGAGACACCUCUCCGACUGAGGAACAACUUUAAUCGUGAUGUGACUUGUUCUUGUUUAAAUGUACAGAAAUA